GCUUAAAACUAAAAAUUUUUCCAAGAAAAGAUGGCACUUGCAGAAGUAUCUUUAAACCAUCACUCCUACUAGAAACACUUAGAAAGGCAUGGCUAAGCUAGCAGUCGGUCAAAAAGGUUCCAGGAAAAGUGCGCAACAGCCUGGGGGCGAGGACAGAAACUUCUCCACCCAACUUUGGCUCGGCCUUUUCAAGAGCCUCGGAACCGGGGGCCAGGACCGGCGUCUCCUGCGUGCGGGCAACAGUUGCCACGAGCAGCUGGGUUUAGAAAAGGCAGUCUGCCUAGCCAGUUGUCCCUUCUCCGUCGUCCCCUCCCUCCCUCCUUCCCCCAAGGCCAAGGACAGCGACGUCGUCCUCCCUCUUCUCCUCCUCUUUGGUGCCUUCAGCCAAGAGGCGGGAGUGACCCGCAACAGCUGACCCGGCAGAGGCACUGCCUCUCCCACAGCCCUCAGGACACACCAUGGGCCCAGAGGCCGGUUUGCAGCACAGCAGCGACGACGCAGGCGGUGGCCCCGGCGACUCUCAACUACCUCCCUGACCGUCACGACCACCGCCCAAUACCCCGAAGAGUCGUCGCCACCAACGGCAGGAGAAUCUAAGGACCCCAAAACCACCCUCGCGAUCGACUCAAGCUACGUCAACAACUAUGGCGGGGGACGGGCGGCGGGCGGAGCCGGGGAGGGAAGGAUGGGGGAUGUACGUCACACCCCGGGCCCCCCUACGGGAGGGAAAGCUCCGGCUCGCCCCUCAAAAUGGCGGCGGCAGUGACGCGCCUGCGUACGGAACUCCUUCGCCGUCGCGUCACGGCCGGCGGGAAGUGAGGUUCUCAGAAAAGCCGCCAGAAGUGUACGGCGACUUCGAGCCCCGAGUGGCCAAAGAAAAGUCCCCGGCGAGAAGACGAGUCCCGCUAGAAGAGUUCCGGCCUGAUUCUGCGAAAGAGGAAGUGAGAGAAAGCGCCUACUACCUUCGGUCUCGGCAGCGGAGGCAGCCGCGACUCCAGGGAGCCGAGGAGAUGAACACACGAAGGACUACCCGCCUGCAGCAGCAGCAACAGCAGCAGUCACACCAGUCCCUGCACCACCCGUCUCCGGUUACGACCAGGAGAGGGUUACGGGACUCUCAUUCCUCUGAAGAGGACGAACCAUCUUCACAAACUGUUUUAAGCCAAACAGUCCCAAAGAAAACUAUCCAGAGAACACAAGAAACUCCAGUGGUGAGUGAAGAUCCUAUAAUCAGCCUGCGUAGACCCCCUCUAAGAAGUCCAAGAUCUGAUUCGGCAUACAAAACAAAUGGAAAUACUAAAAUGAGUGAAUUAGAAGCCACCGGUGUCCAACAGAAGGUCAAUUUUUCUGAAGGAGGAGAAACUGAACAGGAUGAUCAAGACAGCUCUGACAGUGAUAUUACUACUGUUAAGGUCAGAUCCGGGGAUUCUCUUGAUUCUGGAGAUCAAACCCCCAGAUCAUCAACUCAAUAUCCAGAAUCAUUUUGGCAGUCAUCACAAAGUCGAGACUUCAUAACUCUUGAUAAGCAACCUUCUGUGCUAAGCUCGGGAUAUCAAAAAAAACCUCAGGAAUGGCUUGAACAAACCACAAGAAUAAGGGCUAGGAUGCAAACAUCAUCACCAAGCAAGAGUUCAAUAUAUGGCAGUUUUUCCGAUGAUGACAGCAGUCAGAAAUCAGAGCUUGGAAACUGGUCUCCAUCAACCUCCAGCCAACAAGUGACUGGACAACCUAAAAAACCCAAAAGUGCAUCUUUUAUCAAGAUGUGGUGGUGUCUACCUGUUUGUAUAGUUUUUUUGGCCGUUUGGAGUUUUUUGUUCCCUUGUAGUCCUGAAGUAGAAACCACUGCUGUUCAAGAGUUCCAGAACCAGAUGAGACAACUAAUGACUAAGUAUCAAGGUCAAGAUGAGAAGCUGUGGAAAAGGAGUCUUACAUUCCUGGAAAAACAUCUUAAUAGCUCCCAACCUCGGCCUCAGCCUGCUAUCUUGCUGCUCGCCGCUGCUCGGGAUGCUGAAGAAGUGCUCAGGUGUCUGAGCGAACAAAUUGCUGAUGCCUACUCUUCUUUCCGGAGUGUCCGUGCCAUCCGGAUUGAUGGGGCAGGCAAAGCUACUCAAGACAGCGAUAUUGUCAAACAAGAGGUAGAUUGGGAACUGAGCAAUGGAUUCAAGAAUGGCCAGAAUGCUGCUGUGGUACACCGCUUUGAGUCCCUGCCUGCAGGCUCUACUUUGAUCUUCUAUAAAUAUUGUGACCAUGAAAAUGCAGCCUUCAAAGAUGUAGCCUUAGUCCUGACUGUCUUGUUGGAGGAAGAGACACUGGGAACCAGUCUAGGCCUAAAGGAAAUUGAAGAAAAAGUGAGAGAUUUCCUCAAAGUCAAGUUCACCAACUCUGACACACCCAACUCCAGCAAACAUAUGGACCCAGACAAAUUGAGUGGGCUCUGGAGCCGUAUUUCUCACUUGGUCCUGCCUGUCCAACCUGAAAAUGCCCUGAAAAGUGGCAUCUGCUUAUAAGGGGUGACAGACGACAAAAAUCAUGUCUCAAGUUCUGAGAAUUUUUCAGACUUUCUAGCCAGAGAUGGGAUUCAGAGCUCUUUUUGAAAGAACUGGUUUCUUUUUAAAGGAAAUUAAGUUCUUAUGUAAACAUAGAACAUCUAAAUCAUAUAUUCAACCUAAGUAUCUGUUACUUGAGAGAAUCAUUUCCCUGUUUCCACUGAGAUCUGUGUUAAUGAUCUCUGAGGACUAUAAAUUACAUGCAAGUCCCAUAGAGGAUCUCUAGAUUCGGGGUUGAAACAUUAUUGCUAUGGUAUGACCAGACCAGGUUGGGGGGGAUUGGGCUCCUUCCUAUGAAUCCUCUCAAUUUUUUAAGUUAGAUUUUUCACAGAGUUUGCUAUUAGUAAGGCAGCUCUCUAAAUGCAACUGUGGGUUUUCCCGUUUUGUUCUUUUACAUCAUUUAGGUGCAAGUUCCUUAGUCAGCUUCCCCUCAUAGGAAUAAGAGUAAUGAAAGGUCACCUGAGUAUGUGUAUGGAUUGUUUUUUUCUUUGUUUUUGGAGGGCAGGAGAAGGGGGCUAGGGAAAAGAGAAAUUGUGGAAUAAGGAAGGAAAGGGGGGAAAAAAUCUUCAAGAUGAAAUUUAAAAUAAGCCACUGAGACUUAGGUCACUCAGGCAUAGCCAUAUAAACUCCAUUCUCAGUGAAUUCUGUUGGGGUUUGUUUUUCACAUGUCCUUUUUCUCCUUUAGGAAAUUUUUGGUCCUCCCAAGGAUUUUGAAGCAUGUAUAUUAUAAGGUUUAGCAUAUUUGUUCAUUUGACUCUGAAGGGUGUGGUCAAUUCAGAGCAUUUUAUUUUGGACAUAUCCUGAAGCCUUUGUUUUGAAUUCAGAAAAUACAGUUGCAGGAAUUGUUAAACCAUCAGUCAGCCAGGACUGUCUGUACUGGACUGUCGAAGAAGGAUUUGAUUUUCUGUGUGCAGUCCUAAGUCCUUUAAUGUCACUCUUACAACAAAUGUAAAGAUUUACUAUGCAUGUGAUAAAUUUUAUUAAGAGUGCCUCAAGCCAAAAGGAAAUGAACUUGACCAUAUGUGAAGAAUGUUGAAAUGUACUAUUGUGCAUUCCUGUACUACUGUUGCAUUUCAAGUGUCACUUUGCUUCUGUAACUGAGCUUUCUCAAAAUCUGUCGCCUCCGUUGUUUUUCUCAAAAUCUUAAGAUUCCGGAUCUACCAUGUUUUGUUUUGUUUUUAAGUGAAAAUACUGUUUUUAGAAUACUAGAGGCAGUCAGUGGCUUUAUCAUUUACCUUUUGAGGAUCCCAUGCCUCGUAGUGGAAUGUGGUCUGGUUUCUUCCAACUAGGACAACCACUAUUCAUAAAUUUAUACCCUUUAUUGAAAUUUGCUCCUGACUGUCACAAGUCAGGCCAUCUGAUUUAUAGAGGAUUCUAAAACAAGAGUUUUUGAAAAGGCUUAUUUUAUACACAUAUAUUAUAUGGAGAAACAAAUGUUUUUAUUAAAUGUUUCGCUGACCAAAAUAAUUUUAAAGAAAUUAAUGUUACUUAUAUCUUUCAAGAAAAAAUAAUUGUAGUAGCUGAUCUGUAAAUGACUUUAGAAGCUAUUUUAGUAAUUUAAAUAAAUUUACUUUCUUGAUUUGUA